GAUUUACACACGGUCGACAAUGCUGUGCUGGAACAUCUUUAUCCGGAGCUGGACAAUCCCGACAGGUGGGAUGUUCUGGUGGCCCACUUCCUUGGCGUCGACCACUGCGGUCAUUGGCUUGGCCGGAACCAUCCAGCCAUGGCUGCCAAGCUCACUCAACUUGACCAAGUGAUAAGAUCAGUGGUUUCCAAAAUCACCGAGGACACCCUUCUCUUGGUGAUGAGUGAUCAUGGAAUGACCAUUGAUGGUGACCAUGGUGGAGAAACAGAAGACGAAGUAGAGGCAGUCCUUUUUCUUCAUGCCAAGAAACCUUUUCUGUCAUCUCUGAAUAACGAAAGUUCCGUGGCAGAAAUUCAUCAACCUCCUUCCAUAGCCCAGGUGGAUCUUGUGCCCACUUUAGCAAUGCUAUUUGAUGUGCCCAUUCCAUAUUCCAACCUUGGCUCUCUAAUGCUACGAGCUUUUCCGGGCAUUGACAUGGAGCACGCCAACCCAGGGCAGCUACUUCCACUUUGGCUGAAUGUUCAACAGGUGGCACGUUACUUGGGCAAGGUUCCUAACACUCCCUUGCAUCCAGAAUUGAGGAUGCAGAAGCUGCAACAGCUGUGGGACCAAUGCUUUGAUGGGCAAGGGAGUGUCGAAGCAGCCAGGAAUUUCAUUAAUGCCUCUGUGGCAUUCCUGCAGGAUGCAAGACAUGCAGCCCAUGAGGUCUGGGCCACAUUCGACAUCCCUCGUAUGUAUACUGGCUUAGCAAUGGCUGUACUUGGAUCACUGUUGCUGCUAUGCUGCUGCUGUUAUCAACUUGGAGAAGGAAGCGCACCUGAUGUACUGAAGAGUCCUACAAGUGUUUGCGCUGUUUGUUGGCUGCUCAUGCCGUUUUCCAACAGCUUUGCUGUAGCUGAACACAAGGUGUCUCUGUACCUUUUUCAAACAUUGCUGACUGCAUCCAUCCUCUGCAAGGGCCCUGUAAUAUUGAGCACUAGUCGGAGCCGUGCCUUGACUUUGUGCCUGGUAGGCAUACUAACAGCUACGAGGCUUUCAGCGCUGUUCUGGCGCUGCCGGGAAGAGCACCUGGGUCAGCCAUGUGAGGAGAGCCUGCUACAAAAAAACCCCUCGGAGCCUCAGUCAUGGGGCCUUGAGCGAGUUUUGGCAGCAAGUGGCUGCGCUAUACUGCUCACUUGGUGUGCUUGGCCACCACGAUCUUCCACUGGCCUCUCCGGUGCUUUGGCAAGGGUGGGCCUAAUGGUCGCCACUGGUGCUUUGCUGGCACACUGGUUUGUGCAGCUCAAGCCACCUGCCACCAUCCAGAAUGUGCUCGGCUCCCACCAGGAGCUGCUUCCAAACACAGCCAUGCUAGUGAGCAUAGCUUUGGCAUUGCUUGGCUGGGCUAUGCCCCGCUCACCUAUGGGGAAUGUAAGCCUGCUGCCUGCAUCUGCCUUGCUGUUCCUUUUGACGCUGGCUGGUGAAAGCUAUGUCGUACCACUUUGCCUGAUGGUUGCUGCCCUGUGGGGACUUUCACACCUGUGGUCUUCACUGCCUCCGACAGGUAAGUCCAAGCUUCCACACUUGCCCCUAAUGGCUGCUGUGUGGCCCCGUAAGAGGUCCAUAUUGGCAGGUUUAGAGCAGACAUGUGGGGACGCUGCUGUGCUGGUUGCUGGUGGGCCAGCUGGGAUUCUUAGCACAGGCCAUCAAACAAGCUUCUCCACAAUCCAUUGGAAAGCGGCGUUCGUGGGUGCACCCAUUGAUCAGCCACCCAUGACCCUGGGUGCUGUAAAAGUGCUGUUGAACACUUUUGCUGGCCCCAUGGUGGCAGGUGCCAGCCUGCCCCUUAUGUAA